GCGUUUUAACAGGCUUCUUGGAGACGCGUCACGGUCUAGUAAAUGUCCCAAUGCAAGUAGACAGGGUAGAGCUCCGAUAGGAUGAACUGGUUGUAGACCAUUGACGGAACACGCGCGCCUCGUGUCUGGGUUUCAACAGAGGCGGCAUCCUAGUCAGAGAGUCGCGGGAAGAGGAGCCGAGCAGGGAACGCGCGAGACCACAUCUAGGCGGGAAGCGUGUUCCUUCGUAUAGAAAACACCAAAAGGAAGGACAAUCGUAGCAAUGUCAAGUUUAAAGAAACGAAAUUCGAGCUCCUCGGCUGACAGAGAGGAGGACAAACAAGCCACGGAGAGGAUGCUCUCCCCGGGCACCGGCAAAGAGAACGGAGAGCCGAGCCCCGGCGGCGGGGAGACCAUACAGGAAGAAGGGAAAGAUGGUGUGGUGCUGAAAAGGACCAUCACUCUGGUCAAUGGCAUCGCCAUCAUCGUGGGCACCAUCAUUGGCUCGGGCAUCUUUGUCACCCCGACCGGCGUGGUCAGGGAAGCCGGCUCCGUCGGCCUAUCGCUGGUGGUGUGGACAGUGUGCGGCGUUUUCUCCACCGUGGGGGCUCUGUGCUACGCCGAACUUGGGACCACCAUCACCAAGUCCGGCGGGGACUAUGCGUACAUCCUCGAGGUGUACGGCUCGCUGCUGGCGUUCCUCAAACUCUGGAUCGAGUUGCUCAUCAUUCGCCCUUCCUCGCAGUACAUCGUGGCUUACGUGUUCGCCACCUACCUGCUCAAGCCCAUAUUCCCCGACUGCCCGGUGCCGGAGAACGGGGCCAAGUUGGUGGCAUGUUUGUGCAUUUUGAUCCUGACCUUUGUGAACUGCUACAGCGUGAAGGCCGCCACACGGGUGCAGGACUUCUUCGCGGCCGCCAAGCUGCUGGCCCUGGGCAUGAUCAUCAUCAUUGGCUUUGUGCAGAUUGGGAAAGGAGAUACAGUCGGCCUGCUUCCAGAAAACUCCUUUGAGGGCUCCAACUAUGACUUUGGCAACAUCGGUCUUGCUCUCUACAGCGGACUGUUUGCAUACGGUGGCUGGAACUACCUGAACUUUGUUACAGAGGAGAUGAUAGACCCUUACAGGAAUCUCCCUCUGGCCAUCAUCAUCUCUCUACCCAUCGUCACCGUGGUGUACGUCCUCACCAACCUGGCCUACUUCACCACCCUCACCCCUGAACAGAUGCUUGUUUCGGAGGCUGUGGCAGUGGACUUUGGAAACUUCCACUUGGGUCCGAUGGCGUGGAUCAUCCCGGUGUUCGUUGGCCUGUCCUGCUUCGGAUCAGUCAAUGGCUCUUUGUUCACCUCUUCCAGGUUGUUCUUCGUUGGUUCCAGGGAAGGUCACCUGCCCAGCCUGCUGUCCAUGAUCCACCCCACACUGCUGACACCUCUGCCCUCCCUCAUCUUCACCUGUGCCAUGACCCUCCUCUACGCCUUCUCCAAUGACAUCUUCUCCGUCAUCAACUUCUUCAGCUUCUUCAACUGGCUCUGCAUCGCCAUGGCGAUCGUGGGAAUGAUGUGGCUGCGGUACAAGAAGCCUGAGCUGGAGAGGCCGAUCAAGGUGAACAUCCUGCUGCCUAUCAGCUUCGUGCUGGCGUGCCUCUUCCUCAUCGUGGUGUCCAUCUGGAAGACGCCCAAGGAGUGCGCCAUCGGCUUCGGCAUCAUCGCCACUGGCGUGCCCGUCUACUUCUUCGGCGUCUGGUGGAAGACCAAGCCCAAGUGGCUCCUGCAGGGCAUAUUCGAGACGACCGCGCUGUGUCAGAAGAUGAUGGAGGUGGUGCCUCAGUCCUAGAGCGGACUCCCUCCGCCCAGAUCGGCCAUGAUGUCACCGUCGGUGUAUCCUGGCUCUCCCGAAACGGAUGCGGACUGAUAUCUGUGGAACCUUUUUUCGGACAAUGCACACAAACACACACACAUAGACAUACCCCCCCCCCUCCCCCCCCCACACACACACACACACACACACACACACACACACACACACACGCACACACACACACACACACACACACACACACACCCACACACACAGACUCAACACACCCUAUCUGUGCGGUUGAGAUAAGGACAGGAAGGUUUCGACACUCUGAGCAGCAGAGCAGUAUUCAAAAUGUGUUAUUUUUGCGCUAGGUAUUUGCUGCUGUCGGUGUGGCCUUAUUUCGUAGUCUUUUUUUUUCUACAUGUUUUCGUCUGCAACUAACAUAAGAAGGAGAAGUCGAUGAGGAGGAGUAAUUUAAUGUUUGUGGUGUGUCAUAUUUCAGUGAAUAACGUUUUUAUAGUGCAUUCUUUCGUGCAGUUAUUGUCUAAUUUAGAAUGUCCUCCAUUCCCACCAAACCCUGUUCAGAACGCAGUGCCUUUCUAGGCCAACACAAGCCUGUUUGACUUGUUCAGUAGCUAUGUCGCAGUCCACUGGAAACCUGGCCCCCACUAGGCCACUUUGCAAGCCUGAGUACAGACUUUCUUUACUUUUUUACUCAUCCAGUGUAGUUUACGAUGAAUCUGGCUGCCAGACCGCAAGAGAGUACUGGUUUCUGCCCAGUACCACGCCCUGAGAACCAUUUGAACCAGUUACCUCCUUGUGGUGGGUAUUCAAUUUCCUCGGAUCACUCUUGCAGAGAGCAAUCUGCUUUGUUGCGCAACAUAGUUUUGCAGCAUACCGAUGCAUUUUAGAGAGAGCCCCCUGAAACAACCACACUGGCCUCACACGAGGCUUAGCUGGCACUGGCACACACAAUCUGUGUCUCCAAUCCAACCAACAACCACCGGAAAAGGUGGCUUGCAGAAGAGGCGUUGGUGUACGAAAUAUGUCUUAACAAGCCUGCCAUGUCGCAGUGACUCACCAUGUGCCCCCUAUAGGCCAGAUUCAGUGUUUCGGUUGGAAUAGCGACAAAGGGAUCCAACACCAGACUCACCUGCAUUCGGUCGUUCAUUCAGGCAACCUGCUAUAGACCACAGCAAUGUGAUCAACCUGCUUGAAGGAAUCAUCGUUUUUCUCGAUGAUUGUGCUUGUAUUUGUGUGUGUGUGUGUGUGUGUGUUUGUGUGUGUUUGUGUGUGUGUGUGUGUGACAAAGUGAUCACGUGUUUGACAUGUGUUUGACAUGUGUUUGACUGUCUAAUCGGUAUGUAUGCCCAGAUGUAGCCUUCUCUUGAUGUGUUGAACUCUUGGAUGCCACGAGUGUCUAUAAGUCAGAGUGUGUAUAAUUCUAAAGGAUGAGAUUCUGUGUUUUUUACGGAUUGAGAGUCAACGAAGCAUCUCUGCUUAGCACAUUGGUGUAGUUAUGUUCAAUAUUCUUAAUUCACACGUGAUACGGUUUUGAUGCAUGGAAGAUGUAUGUGGCGUUGGCGGUUUUAGGGAAAGAACAGACGGACGGACAGACAAGAUGAUGUCCACUAGCUUCACCAUGUACGACAUGAAGGAAGGGAGACGACACAAAGGAACGGAGACGACAGGAUGCAGAAUAGAUGUUUUGAGGGCAGAAGUGGAGAAAGUGUAGAAAGAUGCACAUUAGGACUAAAACAAAUUAUAGAAAUGUUUUCAUUGUUUCAUUUCUGCUCUGAAAGUGUGGAAUACCUUUUCUUUCUUUUUCAUGUUUUUCUGUUAGUUUUUUUCUAUUAAGUUUAUUGUCACAUACUGACUGCUAGUUACGGACCAAAACCUAAAGACCUCCAUAGUGGAGUCGGAUGAGAACGGAUAUCCCAUCCAUUAACCAGGGUAGGCUAGAUGUGUGUUUAUCAGUAGCCGCCACUAAUACUCCAGAAUCCACAGUAAAGUACAGUAACUCAGUAGGACUGUAGAGUUUAUUUAUUUAUUCCUAGGAAUGUUUUGUGUAUUGUUAAUCCCGUUACAGUUUUACAGGGCAUUUUGUGCAAAUUGCUCAUAAAAUAAACCUGCUUUUUUUUUUAA